UUACUACGGAUUCACUCAUUCAUUCAUUUUCUCUCCAUUUCUCCACCGCCGCUCCAUCGUAUCUCGAAUAGCACCCACCAUUCCACCGUAAGAUUCAUUUACGCCUCACUGCACAAGAUUAUUCCUCUUUUCUCUCUUUGAUUCGAUCUUUUUCUUCUCCCUCCCUCGCCAUAUUCCUUUUCAUUUCGCAGUUUCUUGACUCCGUAGCGUCGGCGUUUGCGUCAGAAGAGAAAAAGAAAACCCUAAUCGGAGAUGGGUAGGAAGAAGCCCACGACGAGGGACGAAGAGAACGCGUCGCAGCAAGGCGGUGGGAAAUCGAAGAAAAAGGCGCAUGUAAUAGACGACGAUGAGUACUCCAUCGGAACCGCAGUCUCCGACGAGCCGCAACCGGAAGAGAAACCUGCUGCAGCCGGUAAGAAGAAGGGUAAAAAAGGUAAUGCCAAAGCUAAGAAUGAUGAUGACGAUGAUGAUUUCGUUGUUGAUGACGAUGAUGUGUCAGAAGUUGGGAAGAAGAAGGGCAAAACGAAAAAGGGCGGUGGGAGCAGUGUGUUCAGUGCAUCUAGUUUUGGUUUACUUGGUGAUGAGGAAGAUGGUGGUGAUGAUGACGAUGAGAAAUCUGGGUUAACCGGUGAACUGGAUGGUGAGGAUGAGGAUGAGGAUGAACCGGUGGUUAGUUUUACGGGUAAGAAGAAACCCUCCAAGGGUUCGAAGAAGGGUGGUGGUAGUUUGUUCACUGCAUCGGCUCUUCAUGCUAUUGAUGAUGGUGAUGAUGAUGAUAAGGGUGGCGAGGAGGAGGAUGAUCCGGUGGUUAGUUUUUCUGGUAAGAAGAAGCCGUCAAAGGGUUCGAAGAAGGGCGGUGGGAGUUUGUUUUCUGCUGCGGCUUUUGAUGCUAUUGAUGAUGAUGAUGAUGGGGAUGGUGAGGUGGUGGUCGAUGAUGGCGGGGAUGAGGAUGAUGAUAUUGAUGAACCGGUUAUUGCAUUCACCGGGAAGAAGAAGUCUUCGAAAGGAGGCAAGAAGGGUGGUGCUUUGUCUUCGGCUGCUAGUUUUGGUGAGGUUGAUGAUGGAGAGGAGAAUAAGGAUGAGAAGGUAGAUGGUGGUGAUGAUGAAGACAUUGGACCAAUCACGUUCUCUGGUAAGAAAAAGAAGUCGUCAAAGUCUUCGAAAAAGUCUGUUAAUUCACUGAGUAAAGGUUUUCCUGAUGAGGAAGAUGUUUCUGUGCCUGAGUCUGGUAAAGGUGGUGAGGACAAGGAUGAGGAUGAUGUUUCCUUAGUCGCGUUUACUGGUAAAAAGAAAUCUUCUAAAAAGAAAAGCGGUAGCAGUGCUACUAAAGGGAGUGGUGAAAUUGGGAUUGGGAGUGAACAUGUAGAUGUUGUUGAGUCUGAGCAACCCAGUGUUGCAAUCGGUAGUACUGGUACUGAAAAUAACAAUGUUAAUAAGAGUGAAGAGGUCGCUGAAACUUCCAAAAAUAAGAAAAAGAAUAAGAAGAAGAGUGGAAGAACUGCUCAAGAGGAGGAAGAUUUAGACAAGAUUCUUGCAGAACUUGGUGAGGGCCCUCCUGCAGCGAAACCUGCAGCUCCUCCACCACAGGAAGAUAAAGUUCAGCCCGCUCCUGAAGUAGGUUCUGCUGCUGAUGCUUCUGGGGAAAAGGAGGGUGAAGAAGAGGCUGUAGAGUCAGCUGCUGCAAAGAAGAAGAAGAAGAAAAAGGAAAAGGAAAAGGAGAAGAAGGCAGCUGCGGCGGCAGCUGCAGCUGGAACUGAAACUGCCGAAGUUAAAGCUGAGACAAUUGAACCAAAGAAGAAUGAGUCAAAGACUAAAGCAGCUGACAAGAAAGUGCCAAAGCACGUUAGAGAGAUGCAAGAGGCACUGGCUCGAAGAAAGGAGGCUGAAGAAAGGAAGAAAAGAGAAGAGGAGGAGAAGUUAAGGAAGGAAGAAGAGGAGCGACGUAGGCAAGAGGAGGUUGAGAGACAGGCAGAAGAGGCUAGACGUAGAAAGAAGGAAAGAGAAAAGGAGAAACUCCAGAAAAAGAAACAAGAAGGUAAACUAUUAACUGGAAAGCAGAAGGAAGAAGCCCGCCGUCGGGAGGCAAUGAGGAGGCAAAUUCUCAAUAACACCGGGGCUGUGACUCUCCCCUCUGGGGAAUCUGGUGCUCCGGCCAAAAAACCCAUUUAUCAGACAAAGAAGUUAAAACCAAACCAUCGAAAUCAGAAUGGUGCUGCUGCUGCUGCUCAGUUAGCUGAAAGUGUUGAAGUGAAGGAGACUACCCCUGAUGUGGGUUCAGAGGAACCAGAAAUGGUUGAAGUGGAUUCGAUGCAGGUGGAAGACAAAGUUGAACUUCCUGAAGCUGUUGAAGAGGAUGUAGUGGAAGAUGAUAUAGAGGAUGAAUGGGAUGCAAAAAGCUGGGAUGAUGUUAAUCUUAAUGCAAAAGGCGCAUUUGCGGAUGAAGAGGCGGACUCAGAGCCUGAACCUAUUGUCAGAAGGGAGUUUUUUACCUCCUAUGCAACAGGUGCUACUAAUAAAACUGUUUCUAAGCCUGUGGCUGAAGAAAUUGAAGAUAGAAAGCAGGCUAACAUUGUGGUUGUGGACUUGAAAAGGGAACAACAGAAGUCUGCUUUGCCAAAGGAACAACCAAAGUCUGUCUUGCCUCCAAAGCCCAAUGAUGAGAACCUCCGUUCCCCAAUUUGCUGUAUCAUGGGGCAUGUAGAUACUGGCAAAACCAAGCUUCUGGAUUGUAUUCGAGGUACAAAUGUUCAGGAGGGUGAAGCAGGUGGUAUCACACAACAGAUUGGUGCAACAUACUUUCCUGCUGAGAACAUACGUGAAAGAACGAAGGAACUGAAAGCUGAUGCGAAGCUGAAAGUUCCUGGUCUACUGGUUAUUGAUACCCCAGGGCACGAAUCAUUUACUAACUUGAGGUCUCGUGGUUCAGGUCUAUGUGAUAUUGCAAUUUUGGUUGUUGACAUUAUGCAUGGAUUAGAGCAACAAACAAUAGAAUCACUAAAUCUAUUAAAAAUGAGGAAUACAGAAUUCAUUGUUGCCUUGAAUAAGGUUGACAGGCUUUAUGGGUGGAAAACUAGUCGCAAUUCUCCAAUUGUUAAAGCAAUGAAGCAGCAGUCUAAGGAUGUUCAAAAUGAGUUCAAUAUGAGGCUUACUCAGAUUAUUACUCAAUUCAAGGAACAGGGGCUAAAUACUGAGUUGUAUUAUAAAAACAAAGAAAUGGGAGAAACUUUCAGCAUUGUGCCUACAAGUGCAAUAAGUGGCGAAGGAAUCCCUGAUCUGUUAUUGCUAUUGGUUCAAUGGACCCAAAAAACAAUGGCUGAGAAACUUACAUACAGUGAAGAAGUCCAGUGUACUGUUUUGGAAGUCAAGGUAGUUGAAGGCCAUGGAACUACUAUUGAUGUUGUUUUAGUUAAUGGUGUUCUUCAUGAAGGAGAUCAGAUAGUUGUCUGUGGAAUGCAGGGGCCAAUUGUUACUUCAAUUCGAGCUUUAUUGACACCUCAUCCAAUGAAGGAACUCCGUGUCAAGGGAACAUAUCUUCAUCACAAAGAAAUCAAAGCUGCAAUGGGUAUAAAGAUCACUGCCCAGGGCCUUGAACAUGCCAUUGCUGGCACUGGUUUAUAUGUGGUGAAGGCCGAGGAUGAUUUGGAAGAUGUGAAAGAAGCAGCUAUGGAAGAUAUGCGGUCAGUCAUGAGCAGGAUUGACAGGACUGGUGAGGGGGUUUGCGUACAGGCAUCUACCCUUGGCUCCUUGGAAGCAUUACUGGAGUUUUUGAAAACUCCUGAAGUGAGUAUUCCUGUGAGUGGUAUAAGCAUAGGCCCUGUACAUAAAAAGGAUGUAAUGAAGGCCAGUGUGAUGCUUGAAAAGAAGCGAGAGUAUGCUGCUAUAUUGGCAUUUGAUGUCAAAGUCACUCAAGAGGCUAGGGAGCUUGCAGAUGAAUUGGGCGUGAAAAUUUUUAUUGCUGAUAUUAUUUAUCACCUGUUUGAUCAAUUUAAGGCUUAUAUUGACAACAUUAAAGAGGAGAAAAAGCGAGAAGCUGCUGAUGAGGCAGUCUUCCCAUGUGUUCUGAAAAUUUUACCAAACUGCAUUUUCAACAAGAAGGAUCCAAUUGUUUUGGGAGUUGAUAUUCUUGAAGGCACUUUGAAGAUUGGGACUCCAAUUUGUAUUCCUUCAAGAGAGUUCAUUGAUAUUGGUCGCAUUGCCUCCAUUGAGAAUAACCAUAAACCUGUUGAUUAUGCAAAGAAGGGGCAGAAAGUAGCCAUUAAGAUUGUUGGCAGCAACCCUGAGGAGCAACAGAAAAUGUAUGGGAGGCAUUUUGAGAUUGAUGAUGAACUUGUAAGCCAUAUUUCGCGGAGAUCUAUUGAUAUACUCAAAACUAAUUAUCGGGAUGAUCUGACUAUGGAUGAAUGGAGGCUUGUUGUGAAAUUGAAGAAUCUUUUCAAGAUACAAUGAGGAGAGUUGAUGUGGGGCGCUCGAGUAUCAUUUCA